AUGCACCGCAUCCGUCGGACGUUCCCCACUGCACCAUCAGAGGUACAAGUACGCACGUUCCUGCAGACGCAUCCCCGCCGCCCAUGGACGCCUCUCUUGAGCCCCUCAACGCUGCCCGCAGACCAACUCUCUCUCGGCCGGUCUCCGUCUGGCCUCUUCGUGCCCUUCCCCCAGACCGCUACGCAGAAGCAUCCGAACGCCUGUGCCGCGUGGGCUGUUGCAAAGGGAGCCAAUUCACAGCUUUGCCUUGGCUCCGGCCGUGCAACGCGUUCACCAUCCGCCACAGGAAGCGCACUGACCGCGUAA